AUGAUUCCCUCCAAAAUAUCCACAGACCGCUUAACCCUCGUCCGCCUCACAAACACGCACCCCUCCCACCCCCAUGUCCAACUCUUCCAUGAAAACUGGUCCAACCCCACCGCGACCGCAUGGUCUCUCCGCGGCACCACACACUCACUCGCUGAAAGCCGUGAAUGGAUGAUCGAAUCCCUAGACCGAUUCGACAACUACUUCUACGCCGUCUUUGAGGGAGAUGAGGAGGACGAGUUAGGGGUUCACAUCGGAAGCGUAAGCUUGCGCCUCCAACCCUCUGGUCCUACUCUGCCUCCUCUUUCCCUUUCCCGCCAUAUUGGCUCUCCCGAUCCCGAAAAGCAGAAAGGAAGUGGAGAAGACGACAUCCCCCUACGCGCCCUAGGCUACGCCAUCUUCCCUACAGCGUGGGGAAAGGGCUACGGCACCGAAGCGAAUCGCGGCUUACUCAAUGCCUAUUCCGCAGCCGUGGCCCAGCAGAGCGGGGGAAAAGGGAGGGUUUACGUGGAAGCGGCGGUGGAUGACGAGAACGCGGGGAGUCUAGCUCUGAUACAGAAGUUAGGAUUCGAGCGUGUGGGGUGGAAGGAGAGUGAGAAGGUGUGGUUGAAUGGGGGGUGGAGGGGUGGAUAUUGGGUAUAUGGGCUAUACAUCUAA